AUGGAGUCUGGCUUUGAGGAGAGCGAUAUAACGGCUCCAGUUCUCUGUCAGGAAUCACAGCCAGAUAGCAAGAUUAGCAACUCGUUUGGGAACUUGGAUCCUUUUGGGACGGGACAAACUUUACCCCCACUGCAGCUGCCGCAGACUCCCGCCCCACCAGCUACAGUCAACCCCCUGAAGAAGCCCCCCAAGUGGAUCCGCAGGCCUGUCGGAGCCUCGUUUGCUUUCGGUGGGAAGCUGUUAUCUUUGGAGAACACAAAGCUGAACCCGCAGCAGCCUCAGCAGCCCACUGCACCCGUUGUACAUAUCAGCCAGGUUGUCACAGAAACGGCCUUUCUGAAGCGCUCCGAUCAGCUGCAGGCCACGCUGAGCGCAGGCAGCUUCGUGGAUUUCUGCCAGGAAAAGAUCGAUGGAGCUGAGAAUGAAUUUGAAAAGACUCUGUGGUCUUUCCUCAAGGCUAAUUUUGAGACUGACAUCCGCAGCAAGUACCUGGAACUGCUGGGGUACAACAAAGAGGAGCUGGCCUUGAAGAUCUCAGCAGCACUAGAGGAGAAGCCUGCUGAACCUCCGCAGGUGGAGGUGCCCGCUCCAGUCACCCUGCAGCCUUUACCAGACCUCAGCUUCGUGCCGCCUGUCGCUGACACUCCAGAAGCAGCAUUCGACAUGAUCGCUGCUGCAGCCAGUGUGCCACCUGCCGACACUCCAGAGGCAGCGUUCGACAUGAUUUCUGCAGCAGCCACCUUACCACCUGUUGACAAUCCCGAGGCAGCGUUCGACAUGAUUUCUGCAGCAGCCACCUUACCACCUGUUGACAAUCCCGAGGCAGCGUUUGACAUGAUUUCUGCAGCAGCACCUGUGCUACCUGCUGACACUCCCGAGGCUGCGUUCGACAUGAUUGCUUCAGCAAAUCUUCAGCCAGCAGCCACACUUGAACUCAACUCUGCUCCUGACCCUGAGACUGAGGAAGCAGCAGCAGAAGAUCCAGAUGCAGAGGACGCUCCGACCAGCCAACCAGAAGAAAAUGUGGACGAGGUUGUCCCAGAGGAGGAAGCAGAGGAAGAGGAGAUCCCCUUGGAUGAUGAGGAGACGGCGGCUCCAAUGGAGGAGGAGCCCAGUCCUCCUGAGAUCUUGGCUCCAGUCGAGGAACCCAUCGAGGUUCCAGUUCCAGUUCUAGUUGAGGAGCUCAUUGAGGAUCUGGCUCCAGCACCAGCUCCUGCUCCGACGCCAGCCAGCGCAGACGGAGUCAACCUCAGCAUCAGUCAAGAUGUGGACGGUCUGAUCACACAGGCCCUGCUGACUGGAGAUUUCGAGGGAGCUGUGGAGCUCUGUCUCCAUGACAACCGGAUGGCAGACAGCAUCAUCCUGGCCAUCGCCGGAGGGCCCGAGCUCUUAGAGAAAACCCAGAAGAAGUAUUUUACGAAAACACACAGCAAGAUAACCAAGCUGAUCAGCGCCGUGGUGAUGAAAGACUGGCACGACAUCCUGAAGACGUGCGACCUGCAGAACUGGAGGGAGGCUCUGGCUGCUGUAGUGACCUACGCUCAGCCCGAGGAGUUCUCCUCCCUCUGUGACCUUCUCGGGGGCAGACUGGAGGCAGCAGAUGAUGCCCAACUGCAAGCCCAGGCCUGUCUGUCUUACAUCUGUGCUGGAAACGUGGAGAAACUUGUGUCAUGCUGGACCAGAGCUCAAGACGGACACUGUCCACUCUCCCUUCAGGACCUGGUGGAGAAGGUGGUGGUGCUGCGGCGUGCAGUGGAGCAGACCCAGCGCUCUGGUCCCACUGCUAUUGGCGUCCUGCUGGCUGAGAAGAUGAGCCAGUAUGCCAACCUGCUGGCCUCCCAGGGCAGUCUGUCCACCGCCAUCACCUACCUGCCUGACAACACCAACCAG